UACCUAGGUAGUAUGUAUACCUCUGAAACCCGUAAGUCUCCUCGCCUUGUGAGCUAGGUGCCUACCGGCCGGUACCAAGCAAGGGUCUUGCAAAAAUGACUACGUACUUCUCUUAUGCGACUCACUGAUUACCUACCUACGGAUUUUUACCUUUUCCUCCCCUCUCUCACUGUCUAUCCAUCUUCCUUUUUGACUUUUGGCCUGUGGCUUUAUCGAGCCUCUUUACCCAUUGCCCCCAAAUAUUCCUUCGUCCUUCCUUUGCUAGUUGUCCAUCUAUCCUAUUAUUAUUAUUUGGGCUAUUUACCCCCAAUCCAUCCUCUCUUAUUCCCCUCACCAGCCCCCGAACGACGACGACGACGACGGCGACGGCGACGGCGACCAACCUGCGAUAACAGUACCAUUGGACCAGCAACCAGCCAUCUACCUUUCGGCCGCUCCCCCUUCUAACAGCAACUUCUGCUUCCAACCGACCAACCGACUGCCUCCUUACUCACUGCUUUCGCUUGUUGUCGCUGCCGUCGCUGCCGCCGACCCUUGCGGCACCCUUGUACCCUCUGCGACGCAUGCUAUCAUGGGAUUGAAUCCAAGGCGCCGUGAUUCUUGUCUAAAUCCAACUGUCGCUGUCAAUAUGCUCUCCCGU